GCCGAGGCAAGCACCAUGGGAAUAUCACUAGGUCAGCGAAACAAAGUGUUCAAGGAGCUGUCAAAAGCAGUCGGCAACUAGCAACGGCUUCCAUUGAUGACCGAGCUUCAACGAACGAGAUGCAUCCCCUAGUUUCACCAAGCGCCCCCCAAUUCGAGCACCACACGACCGGGUUCGGUAUCGGACAUGUUUCCCCGCGCCUGUCGUGGAAGUUCGUCACCCCCGGCCCCAGAUGCCCCGAAAACUGGACGCAAACGGCCUAUGACCUCCAGAUAGUGCGGGGCGCGCACGACCAGGAACAAACGCAUCAUGUGAGAGGGGACCAGUCUGUUCUGGCCGCGUGGCCAUGGACGCCCCUCCAGUCCCGCGAAGCCGCCCGCGUCCGGGUGCGCUGCUACGGCAAGGAAAGCGCCGCAGACGAGGAGACCGCGACUGAAUGGUCGGAGUGGUCAACUGUCGAGGCGAGCCUGCUGAGCCAGGAUGACUGGAAUGCAGCCUUCAUCACAUCCACUCGCACUGUCGACCCUGCGGCGCCGCUGGCACCAAUUCGCUUCCGCAAGGUGUUUGAGAUACCGCGCACCUGCUUCCCUACAUCCAGAGCGCGGCUGUACAUCACUGCCCUUGGAGUCUACCACGCCUUUUUAAAUGGAACCCGCAUCGGGGACCACUGCCUGGCACCCGGUUGGACAGCGUACGAUCAUCGACUGAACUUCCAGACGUUUGAUGUGACUGAGCUGUUGCGGGACGACGGCGAUAAUGUGCUCGCCGUAGAGGCUGGCGCGGGAUGGUAUGCAGGGCGCUUGGGAUUCCAUGGCGGCAAGCGGUGCUGCUAUAAAAGCGCAGAUCUGGCUUUGCUCGCCCAGCUGGAGAUUGCGACGGAGAUACCUGGAGUCUGUUGGGUGUUGCCCUCGAAUGAUACUUGGGAAUGUCUGCCAAGCGCAAUCCAGUCGAGUGAGAUCUAUGACGGCGAGGUUUAUGAUAUGAGACGGGAGGAUCUGACUUGGACCACGAGUGGCAGCAAUCGGGAGGCCUCGCAGGCUGCCCCCGUGCGUGUGGUCCCCUGGCCCCUCGAGAGGCUUGUAUCCCCAGAUGCACCCCCGGUCCGAAUUGUCCAGGAAGUCGCAGUUGCGGAGAUUCAUAUUAGCCCCAGCGGCAAGGUCAUUCUGGACUUUGGCCAGAACCUCGUUGGAAAGGUUCGCAUUCGGUCGAUGACAAUUGGACAGGACAGGCAACUGUCUCUCACGCAUGCAGAAGUCCUCGAGGACGGCGAGCUGUGCACACGGCCCCUUCGCACGGCAAAAUGCACAGAUUUCAUUCUGGGGAAUGGGGAAAAGCUGGAGAACUGGACACCAGCAUUCACAUAUCACGGGUUUCGGUACGUCCAGGUUGACGGCUGGCCCGGCGAACAGCCCUCGCCAGAUGAUUUUGUUGCGCUUGUUAUGCACACGGAUAUACCCCGUCGAGGCUGGUUCGCAUGUUCGAAUACCCACGUCAACCGUCUGCACGAGAAUAUCGUCUGGGGCAUGCGUGGCAACUUUGUCUCAGUCCCUACCGACUGCCCGCAGCGCGAUGAGCGUCUGGGGUGGACCGGCGACCUGCAGGUGUUCGCCAACACCGCGGCGUAUCUCUACCAUACCACGGGUAUGCUAUCUGAGUGGCUACAGGACCUGUCGUCGGAGCACCUGGAAGAUCACCGCCGGGGUAUCCCGCCCCUGACCGUGCCAGAUGUGCUGCAAAAAGCCGGUGGAAGCUUCCCACAGGCUGUCUGGGGUGAUGCGGUUGUUGUAAUACCAGAUGUCCUUCACCAAUAUUCAGCCGAUACGCGUAUUCUGCGGCGCCAGCACAAAAGUAUGACAGCAUGGCUCGACCAGGGAAUACCGCGGGGCGCUGAUGGACUCUGGGACCCGGAGAAAUGGCAACUGGGCGAUUGGCUCGACCCAACGGCUCCUCCGGAUAAUCCCAAAGAUGCCCGCACCGACGGGGCGCUGGUGGCAGAUGCUUACCUUGUUCAUGUAACGGCAGCUCUUGCACAGAUAUGCAGGACCAUUGGACAUACAGCGGAGGCAGAACGCUAUGCAAAUGACGCAGAGCGACUCAAGUCCACCUUUGGCGCAAAGUACAUUUCGCCCGAGGGCAACAUCAUGUCGAACACACAGACCGCAAUCUCGCUCGCAAUCUGCUUUUCACUUUAUCAGAACAUCGAGCAGAGACGUACCGCGGCCGCCAGCCUCUCUCGGCUCGUCCGCCGCGGUAAAUUCGCCCUAACGACCGGGUUCGUCGGCACGAAGUUCAUUACUAAAGCACUCACCCUUACUUGUCAGCCUUCUCUGGCAUACCGGAUGCUCCUGCACAAGAAAUGUCCCUCUUGGCUAUACCCUUUGACGCAAGGCGCCACAACCAUCUGGGAACGCUGGGACAGUAUCCGCCCCGACGGCUCCAUCAACUCCGGCGAAAUGACCAGCUUCAACCACUACGCGCUCGGGUCAGUUGCCAACUGGCUGCAUACGAGCGUCGGGGGUAUAUCACCCCUGGAGCCCGGCUGGAAGGCGGUGCGUGUUCGGCCGGUGGUCGGAGGCGAGCUCAAGUGGGCCGAGGCCCGUUUUGACGGACCCUAUGGCGAGAUCAUAUCGCGGUGGGAACUUGGGGAUGGGGAGUUCCGGCUGGUCGUGCAAAUUCCGCCGAAUACGAGGGCGUUUGUGACCCUUCCACCCGAGCAACAUACAGAAAUCAGGGAAGAAGAUGAAGCUGGGAUGUGGAUUGGGUCGGGUGUGCAUGAAUUUCGCUCUGCGUAUACAGUGAAGGAGGCAUGGCCACCCCGGCCACUGCUUGGCCCGUUUGAGCGAGAUGAUCCGGAAGAUGUCUGGGUGGAUGCAACCGGCAAAGGGCAGUUUACGGUGGUUGAUUUGUUGGCCAGGCGUGGUGGCCUUUGCUGAAGAGCAAUAAGGCUGCGACACUCGAUAAUGAAUUGGAUGCACUUGCACAGUCUCC